AUGCCACUCCCUGACUUCUCCGCCUGGAAUUUCGACAUCGAUCGCUUCCUCAACCCGUUCAUCCCACCGCCGCCAUGGCGAUUUCUUCCCUAUCCCAUAUCCUACUGGUUCGGAUACCGAAAGGGCUCGCCUAGGAACGUGGGAAACCUCGUCGCCAUCUUCUGGGCAUUCAUUGGCGUGUUCUGCGCGAUUCUCAUCAUUGAAGCGGCGUCGCGUCAUGUCCAUUCUUUUCAGGAGCAUGGAGCUCCUAUCAUCAUUGCCAGUUUUGGCGCGGCCGCAGUGUUGGAAUUCUUUGCAAUCGACUCACCCCUCGCGCAACCUCGAAACGCCGUUUUCGGCCAAGUUAUCGCGAGCAUCAUCGGAGUGGGCGUCUGCAAGUUGUUCGCCCUGAGUCCGCACUUUGAAUCCAUCCGCUGGGUCGGCGGUGCCCUGGCCUGCGCGACGACCACCGCCGUGAUGGCAUUGACCAAGACGGUCCAUCCGCCUGCCGGAGCGACUGCUCUCCUCGCCGUGACCAACGACGAUUCGCUGAAGCUCGGAUGGUAUUUGAUUCCUGUGAUGCUGCUCGGGUGUGCGCUUAUGCUCGGCACCGCCCUGCUCGUGAACAACAUCCAACGGCGGUUUCCGACAUAUUGGUGGACUGCGGCGGACCUCAGCCGACCCAAACCAGCCGACAAUGGGGCUGGAGUCGAUAUCGAAAGUAAGCUGACGCCGACCUCUUCUUCGUCGGACCAGGGGUCGUCUGCUGGGGAUGAACCGCAGCUGGUGGUUCGACGCGGCGCCGUGCUGGCGCCGGACCAGGUGUCGCUGAGUCCGGAGGAGAAGGCAUUCCUGGAGGAGCUAAGCAAGAAGAUUUAA